CGCCAGCUCCCUAUCUAUCGCUAGUAAAGCGGAGCCCAAAGCUCGUACUAGUAGAACAAGACUGGGUGAAGCUACAAUAAAGAUGGAAGGAGUAGGAUCUUUCGGAGCCGGUAGAGCUGGUGGCGCCUUCGACCCCGUCGCCUUUAUCAAACAGCCUCAGACCGUGCUCAGAAUACUAUCUUGGGUUUUCGCUAUUGUCGUGUUUGGAUCCAUAGUGAACGAAGGCUAUGUGAACAGUCAUAGCAACACGCUGCAUUGUGUUUUCAACCAGAAUGACGAUGCCUGCAAUUAUGGGGUUACCAUCGGGGUGGCAGCGUUUUUUGCUUCCAUGUUCUUCUUCGUCCUGGAUAUUUACUUCCCCCAGAUCAGCAGCGUGAAGGACAGGAAGCGAGCGGUGCUAGCGGAGCUGGGCUUCUCAGGUUUCUGGACCUUCCUGUGGUUUGUGGGAUUCUGCUUCCUGGCCAACCAGUGGCAGCGCACCUCCCCCGACGAGCUGCCUCUGAACCAGGGGGCCGACGCAGCUAGGGCUGCCAUUGCCUUCUCCUUCUUCUCCAUCGUCACCUGGGCUGGCCUCACUGUGAAGGCGCUUCAGAGGUACCGCCUGGGCACAGACAUGUCCCUCUUCACCACGGAAAACAUCGGGGGUAUUCCUGACGCAGAGCCCUACCCUGGCUACCCAACAGGCAGCGGCAUUGAGACAGCAGACACCUACCAGAGCCCGCCGUUCACCGAGAGCUUGGGCAGCGGCCCCAAGGGCUUCCAGGUGCCAACCUACUAGGACUAGGAAGCUGUGUAAACAUACAUCCGAUCUGUCCGUGGUGCAGCGGUGUGCAUUGGGUGGAUCGCUGCCAAGUGUAACAUGAAGUCAAUUCUGAUGUGGCCUAUCGCUAAUGGGCUUACCUUGUUUAUAGGUAGUUGUGACCUCUGUACAGGUUCAGUAUGCUAAUUGUAUUUUCAUCUUUGUUCUGAUAGGUAGGUAGGUUCUAGUUUGGGUACGUGGUGUCCAUAAACCCUACAGUGUUCCCUGCGUCCUGGUUGUUAGUAACAACCCUGAUACCUUCACUUCUUGUUUAGAUAGUAGUGCUCUCUUCUUUUUUUCAUAAUAAACAGUCUAGUCUUACAAGAUGUAGUAAUGGUGUUUCAUCACAACCAAAUCAGAUCCUGCUUCUUCUGUCUAUUGCUGCAGCUUAAUUGGCUAAACAUACAGCUUGAGAAACUGUAACAUGCUCAAUUUAGACACGUGCAAAGGGAGGGCUGCCAUAGAAAUAAAGCAGUUCUGCACGGUUUGGUGUCCUGAUGGUUCUGCUGGUCGGUGGUGCGGGCGGGUGGAUAAAUGUCACGUGGCAUGUGCACAGUUGCCUUAUUUCUAUGACAGUAUUGUGUUAGUUAAUAAAUCUUUCUUGAUUCUGAAGCUCAUUGGGGUUUGCAGAUUUAAGAACCCCGAUUUGAAAUGUCAAUGCAAAAAACCCCAAAACGACGCAAACUUAGACUGCACUACCCAUGUAUGUUUAGGAAUCUGUUAUUGAAAUAAUUCAGACACAUGCAGCGCCACCCCUGUGUUACCUGGUAUAUUGAUUUAUUGUGUGAUAAUAUAGAUUCCACAGGGUUGUAUUAAAAGACGCUAAAAAACUGAUCAAAAUGCAUUUCACUAAAGCGUAAAAACCUUCAAGGGUAACAAUGAUCACUUGGAAGUAGAAGAGGGAUUGCUGUAGGAGUCACUGCUGUAAAAACGUGUCGGUAAAAUCUGUUAGAAAAACCUUCGCACAUUAAAAACGAUGAGCAAGAGGUCAGCGUUUUGUUUUGGAGUUCAGUUUAACAGCAGAGCUGUAUUUCCUAGCUUCUGUUUUAAAUGACCCUUCUUGAGGUGCGGCACAGAAUUCACUGUACUGUAGAUAAAGAUCGUUACGUGUUUUUUUCAAUACCUUUACUGCUUGUAGUGCAAAAUCAAUGAACUGUGUAUUAGUUGGUAAGAUGAAAAAAAGUGCAUAGUGUUAUUCCCUGUUAAUCUAUAGGACGUAGUGCUGUAAUUAGGGUUGUCCAAGCGUUAGAAAAUGAAAUUUGUACCAAUGUGAAUGUAAGCACACCAUGCCCACAUUGUUUUAAACAGCUUCUAUCAAAACGGAUCUUCUCAAAAGUUUGGAAACACUGUAAUACAGGACAAGAAAAAAAUAUGAAUGUGACAAUUUAAUGAGGUCUUGUCAUUCUGACUAUAUUGCAUUGCUGCUGUUUAUAAAUACCAUAAAAAAAAAAAAAAAAAUCCAUACUUUUUCUAAUAUUGCCACCUUAAAUUCAGUUUGCCUUUCUGUUAAAUCUCACUGUGGAUCAGCCUUGAGAUUCAAUAUUUACAACCCUUCUCUCUUCAAACUGUCCGCUUUGUCGCGACAUCCUAAACAGUGACAUCAGCCUGGCAUUCUCUAUAUAUCCGGUUAAUAUCACACUGUAAAUUCAUAAGAAACUCUUAUGACACACCUUGAGACCUGCAUCCGAUUGCAUGUGCUGUAAAACCUUUUAAAACAGAGACUAAAUUAGCCCACUGCUUAAUUAGGAUUUUUUUUUUAAAAUUUUUUAUGUAUGGUAAACAUGUAUUCAAUAGCUGAAGGAAUACCUUAUACAGUUAAGAUCAGAAAAUCUUCAUAUGAAAAGUAUUACGAUUACAAAUGCAGUAUAAAAUCAGAAUGUACAGGUCUCUCCUCAGAACAUUUCAAAAGGAUUUCAGUCCUUUUAGUACAGGCUAUUUCCAGGGUGACUUUUUUUUUGACCACUUUUGAGACAAUCCUAAAGGGGAGCAGUGGGUAAGGACUGGGCGUUAAUGUUAACAGUGCAUCAUGUUUAAUAUCUGUGGUAGCACAUCUCUAAUGUAUCUGUGAGAUAGGAUAUUGUACACAAAGUGAUACUGAUUGUAAUUAAAUAUAUAUUAAUGGACUCUUGUUUA